GCAGCCGCCCCCGAGGCCGGGACAGCAGGGCGGCGGCGCGAGCGUGGGAGGGGGCUCUAGGACUCUGCCGGCCCCGCCCCGCCCCCUCCGCGGGGACCCGGAGCCUAGCAUGGACCACACUCGGCGCCACAGCCAUGGCGCUCACCCGCUGCUUGCUGGCUGUGAUUUUAGGGGUGCUGCCUUCAGUGGCCAGUGCUGAUCCGGCUUUGCGCUCGCCCCUGCAUCGCCCGCAUACGUUCUCACCGCGUCCCCAACACGCGCACCCUCUUCCCAGCCCGUGGCGGCCACCGAGGACCCCGCGCUUCCCGCUCCCGCCACGGGUACCGGCUGCCCAGCGCCCUCAGGUCCUCACCGCCCGGCACACGCCCCCGAGGCUCCCACGAGGCUGCGGGGCAGGAGAGCUGUGGGGCAACACCACCGACCUCGGUGUCCGGUGUCUACACUGGGCAAAGGUGCCGCCCUUCUUGGAGCGGUCGCCUCCGGCUAGCUGGGCUGAGCUCCGAGGGCAGCCUCACAACUUCUGCUGGAGCCCGGAUGGAGCGGGCAGACCUUGGUGUUUCUAUCAGAAUGCCCAAGGCAAAGUGGACUGGGGCUACUGCGAUUGUAGGCAAGGCCCGGUGUUGCCCGUCAUUCGCCUUGCUGGUGGAAAUAGCGGGCAUGAAGGUCGGGUGGAGCUGUACCACUCUGGCCAGUGGGGGACCAUUUGUGAUGACCAAUGGGAUGAUGCAGACGCAGAAGUCAUCUGCAGGCAGCUGGGUCUCAGUGGCAUUGCCAAAGCAUGGCAUCACGCACAUUUUGGGGAAGGAUCUGGCCCAAUAUUGUUGGAUGAAGUACGCUGCACAGGCAAUGAGCUGUCAAUUGAACAGUGUCCAAAGAGCUCCUGGGGAGAGCAUAACUGUGGCCAUAAAGAAGAUGCUGGGGUGUCUUGUAUCCCUCUGACAGAUGGGGUCAUCAGACUUGCAGGAGGAAAAAGCAGCCACGAAGGUCGCUUGGAGGUAUAUUAUAGGGGAAAGUGGGGAACAGUCUGUGAUGACGGCUGGACUGAGAUGAACACAUAUGUGGCUUGUCGACUGCUGGGAUUUAAAUACGGCAGACAGUCCUCUGUAAGCCAUUUUGAAGGCAGCAAUGGACCCAUAUGGCUGGAUGAUGUCAGCUGCUCAGGAAAGGAAGCCAGCUUCAUUCAGUGUUCCAGGAGACAGUGGGGACGGCAUGACUGCAGCCAUAGGGAAGAUGUGGGCCUAACCUGCUACCCUGAUAGUGAUGGACACAGGAUUUCUCCAGGUUUUCCUGUCAGACUAAUGGAUGGGGAAAAUAAGAAAGAAGGACGAGUGGAGGUUUUUGUCAGUGGCCAAUGGGGAACAAUCUGCGAUGAUGGAUGGAAUGAUAAAGACGCAGCUGUGGUCUGCCGGCAGCUUGGUUAUAAGGGUGCUGCCAGAGCAAGGGCCAUGGCUUAUUUUGGCGAAGGAAAAGGACCCAUCCACAUGGACAAUGUGGAGUGUACAGGAAAUGAAAAGUCCCUGGCUGACUGUGUCAAACGAGACAUCGGAAGGCACAACUGCCGCCACAGUGAAGAUGCAGGAGUCAUCUGUGACUAUUAUGAGAAGAAAGCGUCAGGUAGUGGCAAUAAAGAAAUGCUCUCUUCAGGGUGUGGAUUGAGAUUAUUGCAUCGUCGACAGAAACGGAUCAUUGGUGGGAACAAUUCUUUAAGGGGUGCUUGGCCUUGGCAGGCUUCCCUCCGGCUGAAGUCGUCCCAUGGAGAUGGCAGGCUGUUGUGCGGAGCCACCCUUCUGAGUAGCUGCUGGGUCCUGACAGCAGCGCACUGCUUCAAAAGGUAUGGUAACAACACAAGGAGCUAUGUAGUUCGAGUUGGGGAUUAUCAUACUUUGGUACCAGAGGAGUUUGAAGAAGAAAUGGGGGUUCAACAGAUUGUGAUUCAUAGGAACUACCGGCCAGACAGCAGUGACUAUGACAUCGCCCUGGUUAGAUUACAAGGACCAGGGGAGCAAUGUGCCAGACUAAGCACCCAUGUUUUGCCAGCCUGUUUACCUCUGUGGAGAGAGAGGCCACAGAAAACAGCCUCCAAUUGUCACAUAACAGGAUGGGGUGACACAGGGCGUGCUUACUCAAGAACUCUACAACAAGCUGCUGUGCCUUUACUACCCAAGAGGUUUUGUAAAGAGCGUUACAAGGGUCUAUUUACUGGGAGAAUGCUCUGUGCUGGAAACCUCCAAGAAAACAACCGUGUGGACAGUUGCCAGGGAGACAGCGGAGGACCACUUAUGUGUGAAAGACCUGAUGAAACCUGGGUUGUAUAUGGGGUGACUUCCUGGGGGUAUGGCUGUGGAAUCAAAGAUACUCCAGGUGUUUAUACCAGAGUCCCUGCCUUUGUACCUUGGAUAAAAAGCAUUACUGGACUUUAAUAUAUGGAAAGCUCAAGAAACAGAAAACAAACUCAUGGAAAAGUAUUCAGUCUCCACAUUGGGCAUCAAGCCAGGGAAGACUCCUGAGACUCAUCCCUUCUCCAGCAGUUUUGAGGUACAGGCAGUUCAGUAUAAUAGUUUAUUAUCCUCGCCUAUUGUAUUUAUGAUUUGGUGCCCAACUAGUUAAAACCAGAUUUUACCUAUAAGACUGGCAUCUCCUUGAAAUCAGAGGCCAGAAAGUGACAAACUUGUGAGCAGAGUUACUUACUUAUCUACUUACUCACGAGUACCUUAAUAUCAAGCAAACCCUAAGGGCAUGCUUUCAGCCACCUAUAAGUUAUUACCAAAAUCAUUUUCCCAGAGCACAGUAGGAAGCCAAACUUUUAUUGUACUGUUUUGGACCACAAUGUAAGAAUGCCACCUACUGGCCCAUCCCAACAAACCCAGUUUUCUCAAGACUAAUCAGACACAAUCCAUUUUAUACUAGGGGAAAAAUGCACAUACUGCAACAACCUAAGAGAUGGCUGGUGGGAGGCUAGAUUCCAAGGAGUCCCUCCUGUGGUUGGAGAUACGGCACAUCGCACUCUUGAGUGAUGCCAGAGCCUUCUCAAAGCACAGCCCACACCUUAGGGGUGUGAAGCUUGAAUGCAUUAAUAUUCAUGUAAAACCCAAUUCUUACAGGCAGACACCUAAAGGCUUGGGGAAGUGAAUUUCUGUAAAGGCAACUGUAAUUGGAUCACCUUGUAAAUUUUAAGACCAGCAACUGGCAAAUGUAAUGAAUAGUUAAUGUCAUUUGAAUUAAGUACAAAAGCCACAUGAAAUAAAAUAUGACCCACA